UGGAGGACUGGAUCUUUCCAGCGAAGGCCCGCCCUGCUUCUGGCAGAAACGCAGGAGGCGCGAGGGAGGCGUCAGUGUUUCGUGCAGGUUGCAUCCUUUGCCUGCAAACUCGGGCAGGCAGCUGCAGUCCCUGAUCGCCUCUCCGAAGAGCAUCUGAGCUGGGUCCACGUGCAAAAAAAAGCAGAAAGCAAUUUUCUGGCCAUGUUGAAUGUUGCCCAGGAGCUGCAAUUGAAUCUACGACGACCAAACAUUGAUGGCUUCCAAGAAAAACGAGCCAUUCCUUGCCAUCAGAUGGGUAGCAGUGCCCACAUUUGGGCAACGACUGUUGAAAAUAUCUCAGGAGGACCUACAGUGAGUCUGAGCAGCACACAACACCAGCCGUUCCGGCAGUUUGGCUAUCAGGAAGUUACGGGUCCCCGAGAGGUUUGUAGCCGACUCCACAAGCUUUGUCGUCAGUGGUUGAAGCCAGAACAUCACACCAAAGCGGAGAUCUUGGAUCUGGUGGUGCUGGAGCAAUUUCUGACCAUCUUGCCCCCAGAGAUCAAGAGCUGGGUGAGACAGUGUGGUGCAGACACCAGCUCGCAGGCGGUGGCCCUGGCCGAAGGAUUUCUCCUGAGCCAAGAGGAGGACAGGAAGCAGGAAGAUCAAAAGAACCGUGUCACUGAAGUGGCUACACAGUGGAUCUUAGAAGGAGAUCACCAAGAUGAUACAUCACUGGGAGGUGCAGCAAAGCCACCUGGCUUAUGCUCUGAUUUUUCUCUUGAUGGUUUGGUGGAAAGCUGUCCUUUGCUGCAAAAUCAGGAUCUGGUGACGUUGGAGAAGGUGGCUCUGGGCUUUACGGAGGAGGAGUGGGGGCUGCUGAAUCCGGAGCAGAAAGCUUUGCAUGAAGAAGUGAUGGAGGAGAUUAAAGGAAUCGUGGUUUCUCUCAAGGCUGAGAGACAGCAGAGUGAGUCUAAAGGAGAGCCAAGCAAUCUGUUUUUUGAAGGAAUCGGAAGUGAAGGAGAAGAGAGAGAAAAGAAGAUAACGAAAGCCGAGUUGAACAAUGAGGCCCGUGAAGGGAGAAUAGAGAAAAUGAUGGGAAAAAAUGAAUAUGCGAUGUGUGGGAAGAUCUCCAGUUGCAAAUCUUCCUUUUAUCUCCACAUGGGAUCCCACGCGGGGGAAAAACCGUUCCAGUGCCAGGUGUGCAGCAAGAGCUUCAAGAGGAGAGAUAUCCUGAUUUCCCACCACCGAACUCACACGGGCGAGAAACCUUAUGAAUGUUUCAAAUGCGGCAAGUGUUUCAGCGACAUCAAAUACCUCAGCUCCCAUAAAAAGAUCCACACGGGAGAGAAGCCAUACAAAUGCAAGGAGUGCGGGAAAGGCUUCAGUCAGAGCGCCAGCCUCACUUCCCAUCUCCGGAUCCACACCGGGGAGAAGCCGUACCAAUGCCCGACUUGCGGGAAGGCGUUCGCUCAGCAGUCGAACCUCAACUCCCACCAGAUCAGUCACACCGGGGAGAAACCCUACGAAUGCCCAGAGUGCGGGAAGAGGUUCAGCCACGGGGCAAGCCUCACCCACCAUCAACAGCUCCAUACCGGGGAGAAACCUUACGGAUGUCUGGAGUGCGGGAAGAGCUUCAGCAGUAGCAAAAAUCUCAUUUCCCAUCAAAGAAUCCACACCGGGGAGAAACCGUACACGUGCUUGGAGUGCGGGAAGAGCUUCAGCCAGAAGGUGUACCUCAUCACUCACGAAAGGAUCCACACGGGAGAGAAACCCUAUAAAUGUGGACAUUGCGGGGAGACCUUCUGCUGGGCCAAUUCCCUGACCUUACACCAGAUCGUCCACACGGGAGAGAAGCCAUUCAAGUGCCUGGUGUGCGGGAAAACUUUCAGCAGGAGCACCAGCCUUUCCUCCCAUCAGAGGAUCCACACGGGGGAGAAGCCAUAUAAAUGCUUAGAGUGCGGCAAGAGGUUCAUCCACAACACCAGCCUCACUUACCACCGGCAGCACCACACCGGCGUGAAGCCCUACAAGUGUCCCGAGUGCGGCAAAAGAUUCAGUCACAGGACAAGCCUGACCUACCACCAGCGCAGUCACACCGGCGUGAAACCGCACGCCUGCUUGGAGUGCGGGAAGAAUUUCAGUACCCGACAGUACCUCAUGUCCCACCAGAGAAUCCACACAGGAGAGAAACCGUACAAAUGCGCCGAGUGCGGGAAGCGCUUCGUCCACAGCACCAGCCUCAGCUACCACCAGCGCCUUCACCGCGGGGAGGAGCCCUUUCAGUGUUUGGACUGUGGGAAAAGUUUCAUUACACGCCAGUGCCUGAAUUCACAUCGCCGAAUCCAUACCGGGGAAGAACCCUUCAAAUGUCUGGAGUGCGGGAAGACCUUCCGGAGACGCACGAGCCUUAUUUCCCACCAGGCUAUCCACAUGGGAGAGAAGCCGUACAAAUGCCUGGAGUGCGGAAAGAGCUUCACGACGAGCAAGUACAUCCUUUCCCAUCAGAGGAUCCACACCGGAGAGAAACCUUACAAAUGUUUGGAGUGCGGACAGACCUUCUGUUGGGCUAACUCCCUCACCUUGCACCAGAUAACGCACACGGGAGAGAAACCCUUUAAAUGCACGGAGUGCGGGAAGAGUUUCAGCCGAGGCACCAGCCUUACCUCGCAUCAGCGGAUCCACACCGGCGAGAAACCAUACAAAUGUUUAGUGUGCGGAAAGAACUUCAGCACUAACAGGUACCUGACUUGCCAUCAGCGGAUCCAUAUUGUGGAUAAAGCGUAUAAAUGCCUGGUGUGCGGAAAGAGCUUUAGCACCAGCAAAUACCUCAGCUGCCAUCAAAGAAUUCACACCGGAGAGAAGCCAUUUAAAUGCCUGGAAUGUGGAAAGAGCUUCUGUUGGGCAUAUUCCCUGACUUUGCAUCAAAGAAUCCACGCAGGUGAAGAUGGAUAUAAAUGCUAGGAGUAUGAAAAUUACUCUGGUUUUGGAUUUUUUUUUUUUUUUUAUGUGGGGACGGAAGGAUGAAGGAGCCCUUAUCGUGGAAGGAUUUCAGAGAAAAACUAUAGAAAUCAUUGUGGAAAGAGAUUUGUGUAGAACACGGACGCCAUUUCUUUGCAUUAGAUAUGAAUAUAUGUUUCUGUGUGUGCUUUUUUUUUUUUUUUUUGGGUGCGUUGGCCCAUUGUGGUUGUCCAGUGUUUCUGAUGCCUUCUUUUGCCAGCCCCGCUUUCGAGGACUGGGAACUGGAUUUGAAUCUUCAGCUCGCGCCACAUCUAAGUGAUCAUUGGACCCUAAUUUGAGUUCUUGGAGCGAGAAGGAAAGAGUGUUAAUUCUGUGCAGUGAUCUCGCUUCUCAAUGAGGACCAGAGACGCAAGAGGAUCUGUAGAAAUGCCUGGAGUUUUGCAGAGGUCUUUCAGUUGGAGAUGACGACUCAAGGAUCCCCUAUCGUAGGUUUGCUAGGAAUAUGCUAGGAAUUUAGGAGGAGUGGUGCGGUGGCCUAGAGGUGGAGCUCCUGCCUCACAAUCAGGAGGCUGUGAGUUCGAUCCUAGGUAGAGGCAGAUAUUUCUCUCUCUGGGCCCACUGAGAAUAUAUCUGCUGAACAAAACUCCGCAUUGGCGACCGGGAAGGGCAUCCGGCCAUUAAACACUCUGCUAGCUCCAUUCAGUUUCCCACACUCCACCUUGCAAGGGAUUAUGGGGUCAUUAAAAGGUGAUGAUGCUAGGAAUUUAGGACUGCUCAUCCAUAGUAUAUCCCUUGUGGGUUCCUACAAAAUUGAACUUCUAUAUGAUUUAAGGAUAUCUCAUCAUAAUCAAAGUUGUCUGACCUAUUUCUGUAAGACAGGGAUCGCAGGUAUCUUCUGAUCCUUGGCCACCAAGUCUCCCUCAGUCUACUAGCCGAAAUGCUUGACUCUCCAGUUUUGAGAGUCCUUAGUAACGUACCGCUUCUCAGUGCUUUACAGCUCUCUCUAAGCAGUUUACAGACUCAGCAUAUUGCCCCCAAUAAUCUAGAUCCUCAUUGUACCGACCUCGGAAGGAUGGAAGGCUGAGUCAACCUUCAGCUGGUGAGAAUCGAACUGCUGGCAGCCGGCAGUCAGCAGAAGUAACCUGCAGUACUGCAUUCUAACCACUGUACCAUUAUGGCUCAGUACCACCAAGUCUUCCAGACACAGAAUUUCAAGAAGAAAACAUGGCUUCCAGCAAGCAGAAUCGGUGUGCAAAAUUCCUGUUUACUCUCUUUCUGUAGCAAAUGCAACAACAUUCAAGAUUGCUGGAGUGGAGGGGGAUAAUUUUGUGGGUGUUCCCAAUUCGUUUAUUGUAUUUUUUAAAAAAAUUAGGGUUAUAUCUCCCUGCUUCAGCAAAAUUCGGCAAGGUAACCAGCUCCAAAUCAACCAGAAGGUUUCCACGAUGGAAGGUGGAUUUGAACUCGGAUCUUUCCCUUCUGGUCUAAUCCUAAACAUUGCUCUUUUCUCAAAGGAGCCCACAAAAUGGAGGCGGAAGUGGGGGGGGGAACACCUGUAGCCGUGUCCUAGUGUAAACCUCAACCCUGACAUACUUGUUUCUGGCAUCAGUAUGCAGGUACCCAAGAAACAGGCUUUUGGUAUGAUGUCGUAAGUCAACAUCAGCUGCGGGUUUCUGUGCUGGAAGGUAGAUUUGAACUCGGGUCUCUCCUGCAUAGUCUAAUCCCAGAAUUGCCAGGAAGUCCUUCUUUGGAAGUGUGAUGGCGCAUCCUCGGACUGAUGUUUUGCAACGGGCCCACAAUGCAUUGCAACCAUUCCAAAAUGUGACUGCUAAACCCUGAAAGAUUGGCCGUCCCUGCUUUAGCCUCUCUGAAUCUAGUUCUUCUCGUUCAUCUCCUCUUCCUCCAGGCUGACUUUGGAAACAUUUUGGGGGGACAAUCGUCCCCAAACCCAAUGACUCGAGCAGGCUGAAUGGAUCAUCCUUUCUGGGGUUUCUCCCACUUGUGUUUCCCACUCAUCAUUCUAGGCUCCCUUCUUUGUGUGGACGUCAAUCUUAUCCUCACAGACCAUUUAGGAGCACUCGCGCCCCUUUGAGACUUGGGGUGGGGUCAUGGGUGGAUCCAAGCAGCAGGGCCUUUUUAGUGGUGGCAGCGAGACAAACCAUCUGCCUGAAAGACGGGCGUUGCAUCGUUUGACAAACUGCAAAAAAGAGAACUUUUUUUUCCCUGCGGGUCGCUUCCAUCUCACGGCAAUUUUCCUUGCAGAUCCGUUUCGGCCAUGCUACAAUGCUGCUUCUCUGGAUUUAACUCUCGAUAAAAUCAUAGGGAUGUGCAGAGCACGGAUCUACAUGGGAAGAGCUCUUUUUGAGCGGGCCGUGCCUCCAUCAAAGUAACAACUCUGUGAGGUGUGUUGAUCUGUGCACGUGUGAUGGCAUAUAGUCCAGGGCUGCAGGAGGAGGAGAGGCUCCUUCACAGAGAGCAAAGAGAUAAUGUUGCUUGGGGACCUUUGAUAUGCAGGAAGAGAUUGAAGGCAGAGCGUCCUCUACCAGAGAGGUGGGGACCUUUAGCAAUAAAAAUAACACCCGUAUUUUUCGGACUAUAAGACACAGCUAAAUUUAGAAGAGGAAAACAACCAAAAAAUGUUUUUGGCCGCCUUUUUUUCAGCCUUUCUUCGGCCCAUUUUUUUCGGAAAAAACGGGCCCCAAAACCCCUCAAAAACAGGCCAGAAAAAGUCUCAAAAAUGGGUCUGAAAAAGGCCAGAAAAUGGGGUGUGCAGAGGCCAAAAAACACCCAGCAGGUGGGUGGGGCUUUGGCAAUAUUCAAUCUAUAAGACACACACACAUUUUCACUCCCUUUUGGGAGACAAAAAAGUGUCUUAUAGUCCGAAAAAUACGGUAGAUUUAUAUACCGCUUCACAGUUCUUUACAGAGUCGGCGUAUCACCCCUAACAAUCUGGCUCCUUAUUUUUACCGACCUCGGAAGGAUGGAAAGCUGAGUCAACCCUGAGCCUGUGAGAUUCGAACUGCAGGCAGCCGGCAGGCAGCAGAAGUAGCCUGCAAUACUGCGUUCUAACCACUGCGCCACCACGGCUCUUAUGACUUGUGGACUUCAACUCCCAAGAUUCCUGAGCCAGCAUGGGUAGCUCAGGAAUUCUGGGAGUUGAAGUCCACAAAAUCAUAUAAGGGCCAUCGUGCCCCACCCCUGGCAGAGUAUAUUGAACACUUACGUAGAUAAGUGUUCUGAUUCAGGCAAGGUUGAUAUCCAGCCAAGGAGCCAACAAUGACACCACAGGAGGAGUUGCUUCUAAUUAGUUUCUCAUUAUUACUCAUCUAGAGACAGAGAUCUUCUAAGCUAUGUUGUCUCUAAUGAAGGAGAAUAUUUGGAGUUUAGGGUUGAAAUGAAGGGUCCUUGGUGCUCUCUGAGCUUGCUUGUUUUCAUGCAGACGUUUCAUUACCCAAACUUGGUAACAGCAUCAGUGGUUAGUAAGGAGUGAGGUUUGCUAUCAGUUUAUAUUCUGGUGGCUUGUCAGUGUUGGUGGGGGUGCUCUUAGAGAUUCUGGGCUGUUUGCUGUUGGCUUCUUUGGCAGUUUCUUGAUUGGGGUAUUGUUUACUUGAUUGUUGGUCUGAUGUUAACCUUGUAGUUAAUGGUCCAAGGACCUUAUUAACUCCAAAAGUCGGUAUUAACUCCAAGGUUAAUAACGUGGUGGCGCAAUUUAUUUAUUUAUUUAUUUGUUUGUUCCAACUUGUAUGCCGCCUUUCUCCGAAGACUCAAGGCGGCUUACAAUGCAUUUAAAAACCAUAUAUAAAAACAUUAAACAUUAAAACAUUAAAAACAAUUAAAGCCCAUUCACACCAUUCAUGGCCGGAUCUCGCCAAUCGCAACAGCGAGAUCAACGGCCCCAGGCCUGCCGGAAGAGCCAGGUCUUCACCACUUUUCGGAAGGCCAACAGGGUGGGGAUGGUCUGGACCUCAGGACAUAACUGGUUCCAGAGAGCCGGGGCAGCCACAGAGAUGGCCCUCCCCCGUGGGCCCACCAGUCGGCAUUGUUUAGCUGACGGGACCCUGAGGAGACCAACUCUGUGGGAUUUUACCAGUUGCUGGGAGCUAUGUGGUAGAAGGCAGUCUCGAAGAUACCCUGGUCCUGAGCCAUGUAAGGCUUUAAAGGUAAUAACCAACACCUUGAAUUGUGACCGGAGACUAAUAGGGAGCCAGUGCAGCUCGCGGAGAAUUGGUGAAAUGUGGGUGUACCUAGGUGCACCCACGACAGCUCAUGCGGCCGCAAUGGUGAGAAUGCAGUAUUGCAGGCUAAUUCUGCGGACUGUUAAGACGUUUGAUUCUCACCGGUUCAAGGUUGACUCAGCCUUCCAUCCUUCCGAGUUGGUAAAAUGAGGAUCCAGAUUGUUGGGGGAGCAAUAUGCUGACACUGUAAACCGCUUAGAGAGGGCUGUAAAAGCACGAUGAAGUAGUAUGUAAGUCUAAGUGCUAUUGCAAUUGCUAUCAGGCCAACAAUCAAGAAGUAAAUGAUACCCCAAUCAAGAAACAGCCGAAGAAGCUAACAGUAAACAGCCCAACCAAAGAAUCUCUAAUACUACUGCCACCAACAUUGACAGGGCAAGCCACCGGAAUAUCAACUGUCAGCAAACCCCACUCCUUACUAGCACUGAUGAUGUUACCUAGUUUGGAUACUGAAAUGCCUGCAAGAAAACAAGCUCAGAGAGCACCAAGGACCUCUCAUGUUGUCUCUUUGGUCUUUAUGAAAAAAAACCUCUUCAUCCUGUGACUCUGAACUAUAUUCCACCACGGCACAGCAGAAACAAAAUGGGGCCAUUUUGUCCCUCCUGAAUAGACUUGGUCCAGAUGAAAGUGGUCUAAUGGGGAGGAUGAUGAUGGCCUGGGAAGGUGGGGAAGAAAGCAGGGCGGACAGUGGGAGGCAUCACCUAAGGACAUCGGUGGCAAGGAAAGAAGUUGCAGGCUGGAGCUGGUGGGAGAUGUCAUGCCGAGAAGGACCGACGUGCAUCGGACGUACUCAACCUUGUCCUGUCCGGAUUUUGCUUCGCCCCAAACCAAACAGCCGAAGCACUUAAGAGCUUGUUAUUGCUGGACUGUGGCUGAGUUUGGCAGAACUUCUGAAACACGGUGGCCGGUUCUGCGUUCGAAACAAACUGUUGAUUCUUUUCUCGGGGCCCAGCCCUAUGUUGUUGAUGAACUUUGGUUAGAUGUGUAGAAAAGUGGGUUUAAUGCGAAAAGUAGAGUAGUAAUCCUAUGUUUAAGCAACUCCUCCCCCAUUGUAGGAAUCCGCUCAGGUGAGGCACUGAAUUGGAGAAGAGAGGUGUGAAUCGAUUAGGAGUCCCCAACCCCGGGGCCAGGGUUUGAAACCGGGCUGCGCAAGCAGCGGGCGAACAAGCACGUACGUGCAAUUCCAUUUGCGCAAAUGGAGUUGUGCGUGCGCCUGCCGCUCACAUUAAAUCAUCCCCUCUCCCCUCCCGCCAGUCCCCAAGCCGGAAAAGCUGGGGACCAUUGUCUUAGAAGACCAACCGAGACUCCGGUAGACUGGCAGCCUGAAUUGGGCCCAAGCUUUCAGGUGCCUUUGGAAAAAGAGGCUCUUCUUCAUUGCCGAGAAUUCAGCUUUAGUGUCUAGAGCCACAGUCUGUUUUUUUCCAUGGCGUUUCUUGUUUAAACGGUGCCAGUUUAUGCAUGUUUUAAGAGAAAUCCAGUGAGUUACAUUCAGCUUUUGCUCUCUGUGUUUUGGUUGUUUUUUUUUCCCCCCUUUUUUUCUCUGUAAUUUCAUUUUUGUAUGCCUUCUCGGAUAGUUAAUCUGAUUAAUCUCCUGUACUAAAAGCAUGGAAUUACA